AUGAUGAAUGAGAAGGCAAAAAUUGACAGUUUUGAGAAAAGGGGAAUUCUGGUGGUCAAUGCAAAAAUCGAGUUCGACAACGUUCGUUUCACCUAUCCGGAGAGACAAGAACAAGAGGUGUUAAAAGGAGUAAGCUUCUCGAUUGAACCUGGCCAAACGGUGGCUGUUGUUGGUCUAUCGGGUUGCGGGAAGAGUACACUUGUGAGUCUCCUCCAGAGAUUCUACGAUGUCACGAUGUCCGUGAAAAUCGAUGACAAAGAUUUACGAUUCAUGGGAGCCGCCGAUGUGCGAGCUCAAGUUUCUGUCGUUGCAAAAGAGCCAAUGCUUUUCGAUGACACAAUAAAAAACAAUUGGACGGAUUACGGAUUGGACGCAUUAUUGACCUCUGAAGAUGCAAUUUUCGAUGCAGCUCGGAAAGCGAACAUCCAUCAAUUCAUCACCUCGCUUCCUUUAGGAUAUCAGGCAACAGUUGGAAGAAGGAUAAUUAGCGCUACUGGAGGUGAUAAUAUAGAACUUUUC